UCGGACGUUCCAAAUACAAAAUUCAAAUUUUCGAAUUUUCAAACGCGCGUGCAGUGGUGUCAAAUCCAAGUGUUUUUUUUUCAAAAUGGACUCUGAAAUCAGUAAAAUGCAGACGAAGAUUCCGCCUAAAAACUUUUCGAUUGAAUCGAUUGUCGGGCUUUCCGAGAGGAGGUCUCCCGAAAUCGAUAUCGAAAACACGAUAUCCCAGGAUCACUCGGAGGAUGAGGAUGUUAAAGUUAGGGAUGGGAAAAUGGGGUAUUACUUUCAGCAGAAUCGGGUGCCGAAUUUUCCGUUUUUCAUGUCUUAUGACAAGAGGGUUAUGAGUGGUUACCAGGGGGAACCGGGAGGGCAAGAGGACCUGAAGAGGGCCAGUCCUGGCAGCGUGAGGAGUGAAGUGGAUAGCGAUGGAGUGGAUGACAGACCUCAUGAAUCACUGAGUCCACAGCAGGAACAGAUGAACAGCUGUUCAUCACAACCAGAUCCAAACAUAAGGAGAUACCGCACAGCCUUCACGAGGGAGCAGCUGGCGAGGCUUGAGAAGGAGUUCAUGAAGGAGAACUACGUGUCGCGCCCGCGCCGCUGCGAGUUGGCCGCGCAGCUGCAGCUGCCAGAGUCUACCAUUAAGGUAUGGUUCCAAAACAGGCGUAUGAAAGACAAACGGCAACGCAUCGCGGUGGCCUGGCCCUACGCAGCAGUCUACAGCGAUCCGGCCUUUGCGGCCUCAAUACUCCAGGCCGCAGCCUCAUCCGUAGGCCUUCCCUACGGAUACCCCUCCCCCGCCCUCCCCAUCCCCUUCCAAAACCCCCAACUCCUCCCCUCAGGGUAUCCCUACCCUUACCCCUAUCCCCGGUACCCCUACAUCCCCCCAACCCCCCCUUCCCCCGUCAACGCGGAGGCCCUAAGGCCUCCAUACCCCAAUUUCAACAUUAACGUAGAUAAAUGA